UACGUGGAGAAGAUACACCCUCCGGAAGAGCCCAACGCUCCGUCGUACACCAUCGGCUUCCGCACCCGCUAUUGGGAGAGCAGCCCGUACCCGGCUCCUAACAAAUACACCCUCCCCAAGACGCUGGGCCCCAGGCUCCCCGUCAAAGAAUCGGCCCCCUGCCUCUCCAUGGCUUCCAGCGCUUCCGUGUGGGGCUAUGCCACCGACCGGGUCAAAGGGCCCGGCCCGGCGGCCCACACCUUGCCCCACCCCGAUUUCUACCUGUACUGCCAGCCGUCCUACAGCAUGUCCCAGCGGCUCCAGGCCUCCAGCAAGGAGCACACACCGGGCCCCCCGGACUACAACGCCGAGCGGGUCACCUUGCACAAGCCCAGGGCUCCGCGCUUCAGCUUGGGGAUCCGCCACUCCGAAUAUGCCCACGGCACUCCUCCGGUGUGCAUCAUCAAGGAAUGA